AUCAGAAAGAAUUCAGCGCUUUGCAUUCUCCACAUCCUGCGCGUUCCGCCAGGCUAUGCAAGCCUUUUAUAAGCUCAAAAAACGAUAUAAGGGGGAUUCCCAUGAGACCAACAUGUUAGAACUAAGCCAUCCUUUCUUUCAUCUCGAUAACAAAUACGAUGCCUGCGUUGAUUGAAAGUGACGGACACAAUGUCACCCUCUAUCAUUAUCAGCCUAAUCUUGGGGCAGCUUACACAUUCACUUCUCUCAUGGGGCUCGCCACGAUUCUCCUCAUUGCUUUUAUGAUCAAAUAUCGCGCAUGGUUUUUUAUUCCGAUGGUAAUAGGUGGUACAUGCGAAGCAUUUGGCUACUAUGGCCGCUCAUGGUCAGCCAGCCAACCGAAGAAUAUCGAUCCUUAUAUUAUGCAAGUCCUGCUGCUAAUGGGAGCACCACCAUUCAUAUCUGCAACAUUGUACAUGGCCUUGACGCGGGUCGUCACGGCAGUACACCACGAGAGAAAACUCAAAUGGGUGACUAAUAUAUACGUGAUGAUUGACAUCAUCGCAUUCCUAAGCCAGAUCGCCGGAUCAGGGCUGCAAGCAACAAAUGACUCCAAGAUCAUCGAAAUCGGAGAAAGAGUGGUGCUUGGAGGGCUGAUCUUUCAAUUGGUUGCUCUCGUGAUCUUCUUGAUCAUUUCAAUGAGACUGAGAUCAAUAAUCAAAAGAGAAGUUGGUCAUCAACUGCAAAGAGCUAAAAUCAGCUGGCGUCGAUAUUUCAGGCUUAUUUAUGUGGCAAGCGUUGCCAUUUGGGUACGAUCACUUGUCCGAGCCAUAGAGUUUGCUCAGCCAAGUGACGGUUUCAUCAAUUCCCAUGAAUCAUUCAUCUAUGUUUUUGAUGGAGUCCCAAUUCUUAUUGUUCUGUUGGGUUUUCUGAUUAUAAAUCCUGGCCGUCUGGUGUCUUGGGUUUCUCAGAGCCUAAAGGACACAAAUUGAUGUGAUGAGUUAGAACGAGUUGAAAUAGGUUUUGUCACUAGUUGAAGACAAUCAAGUUCUUGAUUUCGACCAGUUGUUCUGAAGUACGGAAUUGAUAGACUGAUGUAUUAAAUUCAAGGUUGUACUUGAGAAAUUGGACAAGGUCUAAUCUGAAGGAGUUUGUGUAUUGAGAAAAUUCUAUCAGAAUAGUUAAAUUAUUC